GUAUAACAAGCCUUCGUUCUUCCGGAUGAGUCCUCAAGCUCCAGCUCUGAUUCUUAGCCUGCUCUUCUGAGCGCAGCUUUUGACAUUGGUUCACCUUUCAAAAACUUGAGCCGCAGCUUUCCCCUUAUAGAGCCCACUUGGCCCCAAAACAUUUGGUGAUUCAGAGUCGAGAGCUUACAGAAUCAGAAUGGCGGACGAUGAUAUCAAUGUCGACGAGUUUGCAGACGAGGAAUCGCCGAAGAUGGCACCGUCAGAGGAGAAAGCCGCGCCUCCUACCACUGCCGCCCCAGCGUCUACUGCAGCUCCGGCUCCAUCACCUGCACCAACCCCAGCUCCGGCGCCUGCCCCUGCGCCUGCGCCCGCCCCCGCCCCUGCGCCGGCUCCUGUAUCUUGGGCAGACAUUCCCGAGGAUGCGGAUCCUUACUCUUCAGGGCCAGCUGAUAACUUUGGGAUGGGAAACCUGGCUAUCUCAAGUGGAGGGACCAUUGACAAAGCAGAGGAAGUGAUCAAAUCCAACGGUCUGAACGAAGCGGCGGAGGGGAAGAUACAGAAGGUACUAGCGGGGAACACCCCCUACAGCAGCGCAGCGACGUUCGAGGAUCUACAACUCUCUUCUGCAUUGCUGAGAGGCCUCUACUCCGAGAUGAAGUUCGAGAAGCCGAGUCGGAUACAGGCAGAAACGCUGCCCCUUAUCCUUCAACCACCGCACAUGAACCUCAUCGCUCAGGCGCACAACGGUAGUGGCAAGACGACCUGUUUCGUCCUCGGCAUGCUUAGCAGAGUGGACCCCAAUAUGAAGGCCCCACAAGCCCUCUGUAUUUGUCCAACCAGAGAGCUGGCUAUACAGAACGAAGAGGUCACUCUGCGGAUGGCGAAGUACACGGGGAUCACAGUGGCAUGCACGGCGCUCGCGGACCAGGGCUACGGGCCGUCCUCGACGAGACGAGACAAACUGGUGGACCAGGUGGUAAUCGGCACCCCGGGCACACUGAAACGGUGGCUGACCAAGGACCGGAUUCUAGAACCGGACAAUCUGCGGAUCUUGGUGUUUGACGAGGCGGAUCACAUGCUCGACCAGGACGGGUUCAAGGACGACUCGAUCAGGCUGCUGAAGGAGAUCAGUCGCAAGUCAGCCGGUCUACAGAUCCUUCUUUUCUCGGCCACCUUCAGCGACAAGGUGAAGCAGUUUGCAGUCAACAUGGUGAAGAACGCGAACCAGGUGUUUGUGCCCCGGGAGGAGCUGAGCCUGGACGUGAUCAAGCAGUACCGGGUGGUGGUGCCCUUCAGCCGCAACCGGGACAUGAUCGAGAGCGACAAGAUCAAGGUGCUCGAGGAGCGCAUCUUCCCGGCCGCCGAGAAGCUGGGCCAGUCCAUCAUCUUCGUCAAAACGCGGGAGACGGCGCGCCUCCUCUUUGAAAGGUUGGAUCGUGAGGGCUACAAGUGCACAGCAAUCCACGGCGGGAUGCAGCACAGCGAUCGAGACCGGGUCAUCAAGGAGUUCAGAAACGGGACCACGAAGAUUCUGAUCUCGACGGACGUGCUCGCGCGCGGGUUCGACCAGGCCAACGUAACCCUGGUGGUUAACUACGACAUCCCGGUUAACGUACACCCGCCGUACGAGCCCGAGUACGAAACGUACCUGCACCGCAUCGGACGGUCCGGGCGCUUCGGACGUAAAGGCGCCGCGUUUAACCUCGUGGCAGGCGACCGGGACACGGAGAAGCUGAACAAGAUUGAGGAGCAUUUCCAACGCGAGAUCAAGGAGGUCCCUUGGGACGAUGACGACGCUUUUGAAGCCGUGCUGAAAGAUGCUGGCCUGGCUUAGACUAAAGAAACUGGGUUUGUGUGUGACCCACUUAGUUUAGGCCUCGAGGGGAACAGGAUUCGAAGUCAUGAUAGAUGAUUACUGAGUUCAGGGCGUCUUCAAAAGCAGUUGCUAUUAUGCAGAAUUUCCAUUCGCUUUGCGCAAGCACCGUCGAGCUGUAUCAUGUUCUCGAUGCUCAACCUUUCGCUGAGGUGUUCGUACAGGUUAUGUGCAGUCAAUUAUUAUAUAAGACAUGUC